UUUCCUAGAGAUUGCUGACAAUGGGGCAAUCAUGACGCUCAAAUUGACCCAUCAGAUUGUCUGGACCACGGGGCAAACGGCGUGUGCUCGCGGCGAUUCCUUUUAUUCCCUGCAUCCCAGGUGCUUCUCUUUCUUUCUUCUCAGCAUCUCUCGUUGACCACUCUGUCCGGAACAGCAGAUCUAUAGCCCUGGGAUUUGAUAUCCAGGCGUCCAUUCAUUCCUUCUCAAACCACUCCAGUGUUGAUAUCACACGUUUCUUUGCCAUCUUGGCUGAUCGAGAGAUCUCUUCCAUUCAUUCUAUCUUUUUUGAAACACAGUCCUUCUCAUACCAACCAUGAAGUACGAACGUCUUGCCUCGUUGGGUAUUGCUGCCCUGGGUGCCCUUUCCUCCGUGUCUGCAAGGCCUAUUGAGAUCCCUGAUGAUGAUGAAUGGGACUGUGGCGAGGACGACGUCGCUGUUAGCACUUACUUCAAGACAAUGACAGUUGCGGUGACUCCGACUGCCUCGGUUGAAUCCUCCACCUUCUCUGAGGUUGUUCCUACUACCGUGGUUGCUGCUACCACUGCUGCUCCGGCUGCUGUCGAAGCCACUUCUGUUGUUCAGGCAGUGACCGUCAACACUCAUGCUGCUGCUCAGGCCUCUAGCACCAGCACUACUGCUGCCAGUGCCGCCACUUCUUCAUCUUCCUCUUCGUCUUCCUCCUCUUCGUCCUCGUCCAGCAGCAGUCUGAGCUCCGAGUUCUCCGGCGAAGCCACCUUCUACGGCGGCAAUGUUGAGGGCGGAGCCUGCUCCUUCAGAGGCUACACCAUCCCCUCCGGUCUCUUUGGUACUGCGCUGGGAUCUCCUCGCUGGGAUAACGCCGCCCAGUGUGGUUCUUGUGUUCAGGUCACUGGCCCCAACGGCAACAAGAUCAAGGCUAUGAUCGUCGACGAGUGCCCCGAAUGUGACUCCAACCACCUGGACCUGUUCCAAACGGCCUUCACCGAACUGGCAGACAUCUCCAAGGGCGUGAUCAACAUCGACUGGGAAUACGUGACCUGCGGCAUCAGCACGCCGAUCAAGUUGAACAACAAGAGCGGUACCUCGGCCUACUGGUUCGCCAUGCAGGUCGAGAACGCCAACGAGCCCGUCACCUCGCUCGAGGUCAGCACCGACGGCGGCAGCACCUGGCAGUCCACCACCCGCUCCACCUACAACUACUUCGAGAACGCCAGCGGGUUCGGCACCGACACCGUCGACGUGCGUGUCACCUCCCAGUCUGGUGCCAAGAUUACCGUCAACAAUGUCAGCGUUUCGUCGGGUUCGUCCGUCACAGCCGAGUCGAACUUUUAGGGGUUGUGUGAUGUGAUGAUGAUGCUUGUGGAUAUACAUUCUUUGGCUUGACAGCUCUUUGUUUGUUCUUUCCCUUCUACUG